ACCGCGUCUUACGAAAAUGUCGCUAAUAUUGCAUUACCAUACUGCCUGAGUUAAUUGACACCAGCUUUACCAAGUGUUUUAACGGCUGCACUUUAAACAAGAGGUAAUCUGUUAGUGGACGGUGCACUGGUUUUAGUGGUUGGCCUUUCCUUUCUACACCGAGAUUCAAUGAUCAUUAAAAUCACCUUUCGGUAUUAAAUUCCUUUUGGAUUAUGAAAGCCCCUGAAAAUUGUUCAGCCGAUUGUCGUACUGUUAUUGCUCCUGCAAAUGUUCUUCUUGUUACAAGCAUUUGUACCAUUCUUGGAGGCAUUGUUCUUGUCACGUUAGGCAUUUGCUUCGGACUGACCAAUGGUGGUCAUAGUUCCCAUUUAUCUAUAUCGUAUGUUGGCAUUCCUAUUAUUCUCUCUGGUUGUGUCACCUUAGCAGUAGCUACUGUCAGAAUUAUCCAUACAAAUAAGGGACUCAACAGUAUGAAUCUGACAUUAUACGAAUUUAAAAAACAAUGGAGUCAAGAGGAUUCCAGUUUUGAGUCUACAUCCUUCAACGUUCAAGAAGGUGCUUGCAAUUCAUUCUCUUCAUCGGUGUGUACACCUGCGAAUAAAUUCGAUUCUGCUUCAUUGAAUGAUGGUGAUGAAGUAGAAUUUCCGAAACAGUUGACAAAUCAUCAGCGAUUGCCAAUGCCGCCAAGACGAGCUGUAUUGAAUUAAGAGGAUUUCAGGUGCUUUUGUAAGCUGAGGUGUCUUCUACCUAUGUAAAUGCUGGGUGUAUUCGUUUGUAAAUAUAUAUACUUUGUGUCUUUCUCCAGAAUCUUUAUUAUUAUUAUUAUUUUUCUAUCUUCUAUGUUUUAUGUGAUAUUAAUCAUUGAUUAAAUAAACUUUUAUAUGCGU